AUGCUGGUGGAUAGUGUACUAUCUACGCUCUAUCGCCAUGUGGGACGUAGACCGAUCAUGCUUUCAUCCGAGUCGAGAGAUGUGUGCAUUAUGAUGAGUCUGAAGCAGCCCAAAUUCCCAGUCUUCUUUGUCUCGACAGCCAAAGACAGUCAAUCUUCGAUACAGGGGUCCCUGAAAUUCUGCAACGAGCAUCUCUUGUUGGGUAUGUUCAUCCCACAUUGGAUCUUGGAGGAUGCUCCGGUAUUGCCGAAAGCUAUCCAGGAAUCGGGACUAGUAGUUAUAGCGUGCAAUAGAGAGAAUUCAGGCCAGCUCAUACCGUGCGACCAAGCAAGCGCAACAAAAGAUUUGGUUGAUGGAACUUGCAACACCGGCGUCGUUUUUGUAAAUACGAAGUCGGUCUCACACAACCCGGACGAGUACUUUGCAUGGGCCAGGAGAUUCCACGAGUACCAAGUAGAGACACUAGAGGGGUCGAGGCUUCCAGAUGUGAACAACAUAUGUAUAUCGCAAUCCGCGAUAGACCCCCCUCGCACAGGUGAUAUGGCCGCAACUAAGGAUAGCAGCAUGCUAACCAGCCAUUCAGAGCCACGAGGCAACAGCAAUUUAGAUCCACUAGCGUUCAGUCUGACAGACGCGAAGCCUAUGAGCAACAGUAUUCUCAAUGGCGAAAGUGUAAUACAAAACCGCAACCCAGCAUCGAUCUUGGACUUUUUGCGGAAAUAA